AUGGCGCGCGUCCACUACGUUCUCGCGGUCCUCGCCGCUCUGGCCGUCCUCUUCAUCGCCGCUGAGGCUGGCACCAUGACUGCCGAGCAGCAGUUCCGUCAGUUUGCCGCCCAGUACGGCAAGAGCUACGCCUCGGAGGAGUUCGGCGAGAGGCUCAGGAUCUUCAGGGAUAACCUGGAUCGCAUCGAUGCCCUCAACUCGGCCAACACCGGCGCCCGCUACGGCGUCAACAAGUUCGCCGAUCUCACCCCCAAGGAGUUCAAGGCUACGUACCUCAAGGGUGCGCGCAGCGCCGGUCAGAAGAAGGCCGCCGCUACCGCCAAGCUCGACAUGACCGGUCCCCUCCCCUCCCAGUUCGACUGGCGCGACAAGGGCGCCGUCACCCCCACCAAGGACCAGGGCCAGUGCGGCUGGGCGUUCAGCGUGACUGAGGCGAUUGAGAGCCAGUGGUUCCUCUCCGGCCGCAAGCUGGUCAGCCUCGCGCCCCAGCAGAUCGUCGACUGCGACCAGGGCAACGGCGACUACGGCUGUGACGGUGGCGACCCUCCCACGGCCUACGAGUACGUGAUCAAGGCCGGCGGUCUCGACACCGAGGAGUCCUACCCCUACACUGCCGAGGACGGUCAGUGUGCCUUCAAGCCCUCUGCCGUGGGUGCCAAGAUCUCCAACUGGACCUACAUCACCACCACCAAGAACGAGACCGAGAUGCAGUACGGUCUUGCCAGCAGGGGACCCCUCUCCAUCUGCGUUGAUGCCUCCUCGUGGCAGUACUACAUCGGUGGCGUCAUCACCAGCCUGUGCGAAGACAGCCUCGACCACUGCGUCAUGAUCACUGGCUACUCGGUCCAGGAGGGCUGGGACUUCAUGAAGUACGACGUCUGGAACAUCCGUAACUCGUGGGGCGAGGAUUGGGGCUAUGGUGGCUACCUCUACGUCCAGCGCGGCUCCAACCUCUGCGGUGUCGGCGAUGAGGUGACCAUUCCCCUCGUGUAA